AUGCUCGCUGUCGUUGCAGUCUCUGGAGGCUGCGCCGCGGCUCCCGAGCGGCGCGUGACCCGUGCCAGUUUUGGUAAGGUUUUGCGCACCCUCUCAACUGACUCCCUGAGGCAGGGUGGCGCGGGUGCGGGGUGGCUCGGCAGCUCGGCGGGAGGCCUCCGACCCGGCUACCUUGUGCUGUUGAAGUUGCUGCAGGAGACGCCGAUGACGAUGGCGCUGUCCUCGCGGCUGACCAGCGUCCGGGCUCGCUGGCGCGCCGCCCGGGAUAGCACUGACAGUCUGCCGGCGCAGCGGGCGCAUUCGAAUGCGCCCGCCGCGCCGGCAGACUGUUGGACGGCCACAGUCGCGAAAGCGCGCCGCGCCAUGAGCGGCGACCGUGGCGGCCGCAACUCUGCCGCCGUCGCUCCGCCGGCUCUGACCGAGUAUCGGGCGUUGAGGGCGGCGGCGCAAAGCGAGUCUGGCGCAUCCAUCGCCACGAGCCUCGCGGCCGCGGUCGUGGCACACCUGGUGGCGGCUCUCGGGGCCGUCUCUACGGUGCUCGACACCGUGUGA